UACCAUUCAAAGCCAACGUCAGAAAACAAAAAUCAAGAAAUAUCGACAGUGGAGUACGGGUGUGACAAGGAGAAGCAAAAGCUUCUUCUGCAGAGACAGACAUGGCGAGGAAUUCAGUCUCAUUAUCAGUUCCAGAGCCUUCCUGGUUCACACCCAAAAGGUUGCUGGUUAUCUUCUGUGUUAUUAACUUGUUAAAUUAUGUGGAUCGAGGAGCAAUAGCAAGCAAUGGUGUGAAUGGGAGUCAGGGGACUUGCACAUCUAGUGGUACAUGCACUUCUGGUAGUGGAAUACAGGGUGAAUUUAACUUGAACAACUUUGAAGAUGGAAUUCUGUCAUCUGCAUUUAUGGUUGGACUUCUUGUGGCUUCUCCGAUAUUUGCAUCAUUAGCAAAGAGUGUUAAUCCAUUUAGACUUAUUGGAGUUGGAUUGUCAGUAUGGACUUUGGCUACAACUGGUUGUGGUUUUUCAUUUAAUUUCUGGUCCAUAACAAUCUGCCGCAUGCUAGUUGGUGUUGGUGAGGCUUCAUUUAUCAGUCUUGCAGCUCCUUUCAUUGAUGACAAUGCCCCUGUCGCACAGAAAACAGCAUGGUUGGCAAUAUUUUACAUGUGUAUACCAACUGGAUAUGCACUCGGCUAUGUUUAUGGUGGAUUAGUUGGAAGUUAUCUUAAUUGGCGUUUUGCAUUCUGGGUGGAAGCCAUUAUGAUGCUUCCAUUUGCUAUUCUGGGUUUUGUUAUGAAGCCUUUGCAGUUGAAAGGUUUUGCUCCUGCUGAGUCUCGAAAAGCACUGAUCUCCAUGGAGACAGCUAUACCAGAAGUUCAAGAUACAGAGGCUUUAAAUGUUAAAGGUAGUGCAGAAUCCAUGAAGGAAGAGUUCGGCCAUACAUUUUCCAAGCUAAAAUGUGCAUUGUUUAAUUUGAACCGGUUUUCAAGAUUUACCAAAGACAUGAAAGAACUUUUGGUUGAUAAGGUUUAUGUUGUCAAUGUUCUAGGUUAUUGUGCAUACAACUUUGUUUUAGGUGCUUACUCUUAUUGGGGGCCUAAGGCUGGUUACAAUAUUUAUAAAAUGAGUGAUGCAGAUCUUAUAUUUGGAGGAAUAACCAUUGUCUGUGGAAUAUUUGGCACACUAGCAGGAGGUUAUGUUCUGGAUCUCAUGACUUCCACAAUCUCCAAUGCUUUCAAGCUUCUCUCAAUGGCAACAUUUGUUGGGGCAAUCUUUUGUUUCACUGCGUUUUGUUUUAAGAGCAUGUAUGCUUUCCUAGCUCUUUUCUCAAUUGGUGAAUUACUGGUCUUUGCCACCCAGGGUCCUGUAAAUUUCAUAUGUCUCCACUGUGUUAAGCCAAGUUUGAGACCAUUAUCUAUGGCUCUCUCUACUGUUUCAAUUCACAUAUUUGGUGAUGUGCCUUCUUCACCACUUGUGGGAGUCCUCCAGGACUCUGUCAACAACUGGAGAGAAACUGCUCUUAUUCUAACAUCAAUUCUGUUUCCAGCAGCUGGGAUAUGGUUUAUCGGAACAUUUCUGCAUAGUGUGGAUAGAUUUAAUGAAGAUAGUGAGGGACAAGUCACUGAAGUUGACAGAUCAAACACGACACCCUUGCUUGGACCAAAAGUUGCAGAAGCAAGAGAAUCUUCUGGUGAACCCUGAAUGCUCUCUCCUCACUGAAAACGAACUGCGAUACCUAUACUGAUUCUUUACUUCCCUGUGUUGGCAUUAACCUUAUGGAGAUGGAGUUCUCAGACUUGAAUGUUCAGAAAGACUUCAGCAUCUUGUACAUGCAGAUUGUUUAUUGAUAAUUACACUUUUAUUUAAUGAUUGCAUUGUGCUUCAUUAACAAGUUGGUUCAUGGACAACCCUUUUGCUUUCCUUUUUUUGCCUUUUCUGGGCAUGGCCGCAGGUUAGUGGAUCCCACUACCAUGUAGGUUGGCCAUACCCUUUUGCCCUAUGCGUUUGGUUCUACCAUUAGGUUGAAGUCUAGGGGGGAACACGUACACAACGAGAGCUCAAUUACUCAAACAAUAUUUUUCUUAUUUAUUUGUAAUUUUGUACAACUCUAUCAACACAAUCUAUGAAGUAAGAUAACGACAUAAACACGACAA